CGGUAACCGUCGCGGCACCGGAAAUGACUUGUUGCUGUGUGGGUGCCAUGUUGGUGAGGGCAGGGAGAGUGAUGGCUGAAGAAGGGCUGUGAGACAGUGGGACUGUCGGCCAACAAGCCUCUCGCUAUCUGGCGCUGGUGUGAACGGCAAAGUGGGGUAUUGGUGCGGGAGCCACUUGGUGUGAAUGGGCGGAGCGGCCUAUGGGACUGGAAAUAUUAAAAUUCGCACAAACAGGAACUGUUACUCAAAUCCUGACGUUGACAUUACCUGCUACAGCUAUUGAGCAUGAAUGAUGAUGACUCCCUUCACCGGCUGGAGGGCAGUGACCCUGGCAAUCAGGUUGGCGGAUUAAUAAUAAAAAAGAAGAUUGCCACAGAUGACCAGCAUAUCUUUCGAGCACCAGCACCAAAGACCUCACUGUUAGGGCUUGAUAAAUUGGCUGCUCAGAAAAGAAAAGAGCGGGAAGAGAAAGAAGAAGAAGAAAAGAAGAAAUCAAAGGUAUCAUCCUAUAAAGACUGGGCAGAAGGAAAGGAAGACUUUGGUUCUGAUGAAGAAAGUGUUGACAAAGUAGGCAGACGUGGGAAAAAGGAGAGGUACUAUCGUACCUCUGGUUCAGAGACACCUUCGCACACAGGUGGUGUUAGUGAGGAAUUUAAGGAACGGCAUCGACAAAGAGAACGGGAUCGUCGGGAACAUGGGGUUUAUGCAUCAUCAAAGGACAAUGAGAAGGAAAAGAAAAAGGAACGAAGCAGAGACCGUGAUUAUGAUCGAGAAUGGAGUAAAUCAAGUUCUUCCAGGAGUAAGGACAGAGAUAGAUCAGAGCGAAGUGAAAGAGGAUACAGAGACAAUUGCUCAGAUCGAGGUAGAAGCAACAGAAAAGAUGAACCAAGCACACCCAAGCACAGAUUGAAAGAUGCUCUUACUCCUUCUCGAUCUAGCUGGGAUGAUGAUGACAGUGGAAUUGCAAGUCAGUAUACUCAUCGAUCUCAGUGGGAGUCUCCAUCUCCUACUCCCUCACAAAGGGAUUCAGAUAAAAGUGAAAGAAGUUAUCGCUGUUCAGGUCGUGACACUGAGAGGCGUGAUAAAGAAAGAUCUAGAAGGAAUCAUUAUGAAGAGGAUACACCCCUGCCAACACCGUCGUACAAAUACAAUGAGUGGGCUGAUGACAGAAGGCAUUUGGGGGCGACACCGCGUCUUUCAAAAGGCAAAGGUAAGAGGGAGGAAGGUAAAGAUGGCAUUUAUUUUGAGAAUGAAGAGGAACAACGGCAAUGGGAGGAAGAUCAAAGGCAAGCAGAUCGAGAUUGGUACAUGUUGGAUGAAGGACAUGAUGAUUUUCACAAUCCUCUGGCAUACACUUCAGAGGAAUAUGUGAAGAAACGGGAGCAAUUGCUGCAGAAACAGACACAGAAGAGGAUUUCUGCUCAGAAGAGGCAAAUUAAUGAGGAUAAUGAACGAUGGGAGACGAAUCGAAUGCUAACCAGUGGUGUGGUUCAACGUCUGGAAGUUGAUGAAGACUUUGAAGAGGACAAUGCCACUCGAGUUCAUUUGUUGGUGCACAACUUAGUUCCACCAUUCUUGGAUGGACGAAUUGUGUUUACCAAACAGCCAGAGCCAGUGAUUCCUGUGAAAGAUGCCACAUCAGAUAUGGCAAUCAUCUCCCGGAAAGGAAGCCAGCUUGUCCGCAAACACCGUGAGCAGAAAGAACGUAAGAAGGCUCAGCAUAAACACUGGGAACUGGCUGGGACCAAACUAGGAGACAUUAUGGGCAUAAAACAGGUAGAAGAGAAGGAUCAAGACAUCGGAGAAGACGGGAAUGUGGAUUACAGAAUUGAUCAGAAGUUUGCUGACCAUAUGAAGGACAAGAAUGUGGCAAGCAGUGAAUUUGCAAAGAAGAAAUCUAUUCUUGAACAAAGACAAUACCUACCUAUAUUUGCUAUUAGAGAGCAGUUACUCAAUAUAAUACGUGAUAACAAUGUCGUCAUUGUUGUUGGAGAGACUGGUAGUGGAAAAACUACUCAACUAACGCAGUAUCUUAGUGAAGAUGGUUAUUCAAACUAUGGCAUGAUUGGAUGUACUCAGCCCAGACGUGUGGCAGCUAUGUCUGUGGCAAAACGCGUUAGUGAAGAAAUGAAUGUGAAUCUUGGAGAAGAGGUUGGUUAUGCUAUUCGAUUUGAAGAUUGUACUUCUGAACAAACUGUCAUCAAGUACAUGACAGAUGGUAUUCUACUGCGGGAAUCCCUAAGAGAAGCAGACUUGGACCAUUAUAGUGCUGUCAUUAUGGAUGAAGCUCAUGAGCGAUCACUAAACACUGAUGUACUGUUUGGCUUACUUAGAGAGGUUGUAGCUCGUCGUGCAGACCUAAAGCUAAUUGUUACUUCAGCAACCAUGGAUGCAGGCAAGUUUGCAGCAUUUUUUGGGAAUGUUCCUGUUUUUCAUAUUCCAGGCCGGACAUUUCCCGUGGAUAUUUUCUUCAGUAAGACUCCCACAGAAGAUUAUGUGGAGGGAGGAGUUAAGCAGGCUCUACAAAUUCACUUAUCAACUAUUCCGGCCAUGAUCUGUGGCCUAACACCAUAUGUCUGA